UGGCGGUGAGGAUACAAAGGAGGAGUUUAUUAGAGUGCUUGAGAGUUUUCUAGGUAGAUUGUAUAGCGUCGGGUGCUUAGUGAGGAAUAGAAGGAGGAGGAGGAGGAGACAAUCUCGGGCAAAUAGGUGAGUAAAGAUGCAGAAUUUAGGAGGCGGGAUGAAUCCCGGACUCGGAAAUGGAAUAGCAGUUGGGGGAGGGAAUCAACCAGGUGGUUUGACAUGCCACAUCUGUCGGAAGGUCGGGCAUUAUGCCCGGAACUGCUGGAUGGCGGGGAAUGGGAGGGGUCCUUUUGUUCAGCAACCCGUUGCGAGUAGUAUGAAUGAGGAGACGAAGGAAAUAUGAGAAUAUUUUCGAGAAAAGAUCAGGAGGAAGAAGCUUGAAGAGGAGAAGAGGGGAAGAGAGGAGGAGAGGCGUCGGAGGGAGGAGGAUUUUCGGAAGGAACAAGAGAGGAUGAGAGACGCAGAGGCAAGAGAAGCUAGACUGGAAGCACAUCUGAUUCGCCUUCUUGCGCAACACAAUAAGCCUAGUAUGCAGCCGGAAAGCUCGAACGUGAAGAAGAAAUCACCUAGGACGAAGGCUAGGGUACUGAGGGAGAUUACGAGCUACUUAAACGAGUCAGAUGAUGAAAGUGAAGAAGUAAGGGAGGAGGCAGGAAAACUUGUCGAGGCGAUCGAAAGGAGGAAGGGAAAAAGGAGGAUUUACAAGGAUGACGGGAAAGGCUCAAGGAUCCAAUCGGAAAGGAUGGGUUAUCGGGUGGAUCUGGUGAGAGUCGAGGAUGAUGAUGAGGAGAAAACACCACCACCAGCGAAAAGAAGGCAUGAAGAAGAGUCGGGUAUUCUCAAGUUCGCGAUUGAGCUUCACAAGCACUUGUCGGAGAAAAAGGAGAUGGAGCAGCUGAGGGUGGAAAUGAUAGCAUGGAGGAGGGUAGUAGAGGAAAAGGGAGGAAGACUGAAAGCGAGUGAGGAGGAUAGGUUGUUUAGACUAUUCCUACUAUGUGUUAUGUCCGGAGAAUGCCCUUGGGCAAGGAAAUGGGUAGGGAUCGUGAGUGGGAACGAUGGUGACGUAUCGACCGCAAAUCCAGGUGUGCACGCAAUAGUCAGCCCAUGGUGCAGACAUUUCUAUAUUGGCUGCACCUCCCGAGCCGUAAUUACGAGAUGGGCUGAUCACGUGAGUCAAGUGGUUCGGGGAAAUCCCAGGAAUGCACCGAGGCUUCAUGCGUGGUUGCGGGUUUUUGGUUGGCACAAGUACUUAGCCGUUCCCUUGGUGGAUGGGAUCGAAGACCUCUUAGUUGUUGAAUCAAGUUUCAUUAGGAGGUUUUCUCCGGCCUUGAAUACUCGAGGGUUGGGUGGGGAGAGGUGGCGCGGGAAGAAGAAGAGGGUGGGAAAAAGGGAGAGAGGUAAGAGACAGUCGAACCCAAGUGGGGUUGUAGUGAACAAAUUCAACGGGAAGGCAUCAGUGAUUGAUGUGCUCAGAGAUAUGCGGUGUGAGAUGAGUCUGCAGUGGAUCGCGUCGUCCGGGGGAUCCGUGUGGAUCGACAGAUGGAAGGUGGCAAGGAGGAAGGUGGGUGAGACGCCGAUCUGGGUGGGUGAGGAGGAGAGACCUAUCAAGGAAUGCAAGCAAUGUUUAGAGAAGGGUGGAAAGUUUCGGGUGUGGAAGAUCAGGAUUCUGCCUUCGAGCAUCGAGCACAGGAGGUUUGUGCUAAGGGACGUGUUACGUCUGUCAUGGAGGAUUCAGAUUUUGUAUAAGAAGGCGUCAAGGGAACUGGUGGCGCUAUAUCGUACCACCAUGCUGUUUUCAAAAAAAAAGAGCAGGAAUCGUGCAAAGUGUGUGGUUGCACGAGUGGUGAGGGGGAAGUAUGGGUAUGACAUAAGAAGGAGGUCGUGCGUGAGGUUUCCGUUUCCCCCUUCAGUAAAACGAGGAAUGGUGAGAAGGGUGGCGGCCGGUGUGAGUCUUCAGGCGGUUGCCGAUCCUGAUCUCGCCAGGUUCAUUGCGGGUAAGGUGAGAGUGGUGGAGAGGAAGAGAACCACGGUCGGCACGGUCAUUCACAAUCACCGGAAGUUUGCAGACAGCCUUGAUGUGGGGUCUGCAUGUGAGGGACUGCAGCUACCCAGGACCGAUGAGCAUGUCAAGGUUCGUUUGGACGAGGUAGAAGGAGUGCCCAGUUUCAUGUGGAACUCGAAGAAUGUUACGAGCGGAUGUGUCUUAUCAAUGGAAGGGCUUAGUGCAUGCAUCAUGGAAGGGGUCAAAGGAUGGAGAAGAGGUAAGAAGAUGCGCUUAUCUCAUGAGGACGUUGGUGGUUGUUUCGAUGAGAGAAUGGGAGGAAGGAGUGCUGCGAUGUCUACAAAUGAAGUGAGGAGGUACUCUCGAAGGUUCAGCGGGAUGGUAGCAGUUCUGAUCGAUCGUAAUCCUGGCGCCACGUUAAUUGUUUGUCCGGCAUUGUAUUUUCGUGCUUGUCUGGAGACAUUCAAUCUGAGUGGUAGUUUCCGUAAGAUGCAGGAGUCUUCAAUUUUCGUAAUGACGGAGAUGACGAGGGAGUACGGUCAUCAAGGUUUGGACAAGAUUGCGAGGUGGCAGACAGGUGAUACAUGCUUUUUCGGCAUCCCGAAGACCGUGCAUUUCGACCUCAAAUCAUCGGAUAAUCUAGGUGAGCAGAUGAAGGUUUUUGAGCGCGAUUUGAACGCGGAGGGAGAUUGUGUGAUCACCAGGAGUUACGACGUCAAGGAUAUGUUCGCCAGACUGUCACAUGAAAGCGUGAUGGAAGUCGUGGAAUGGUUGACCGAGUACCAUAAACAGAAAGGGUUGAAAGGGGUACGGGUAAGCACGAGGGGAAAGAUGUGUUCCAUGAUCAAGAAAGUCAGAAAAGAGGAGGGGUUCAUCAAUAUGUCAUUCGAAGACAUCAGGAGGGAAGUAUCCUUUGAGCUGUCUCACUCGUUCAUAUGUUGCGCAGGCGAAGUAAUGCGGCAGGAGUUCGGUAUCCCGAUGGGGAGGAGUUUCAGCCCUGCGCUGGCAUGUACUGUGUGUGCAAGAGCGGAGUAUGUAUGUAUGAAUCGAAUGAAGAGCACUGUGGCGGUAAUUAGGGGACUGAGGAUGAUCGAUGACGUCGCUAUUAUGGUGGGCUGCAGGACGGACCGACCAAAUAUAUUCGGAAGAGCAUCAAGAAUAUUGAGUGAAUUCGAACAGUGCCAUGAUAGGAACAUCAAGCUUGUUCGGAAGGAUGAGGGCGGCAAUGUGUUUGAUUUUCUCGGUACUCGAGUUUUGCCGAUGUGAACCUUGUAAGGAUCAACGUACAUUCUCGAACGAGGAACCAAGAGUGCCUUCUAAGAGAAGGGAAAUUGAGAGUACAAUCCAUGCAGGAUUA